AAAAUCGCAUAUGACUGUAGGAGAUCAGAGAAAAGCUGUCCCCUUCUCAAAUCUCAACUACUAUAAAGUAUUAACCUAUAAUUACCCCUAGAGCCAUCGUCAAUCUCUCUCUCCUCAGCCCGACAGCUGCCAAAGGAAAUACAUUGACAAACAAUGGCCUCCGACAACGACACGGCCAGAUCCGGAUCAACCACCGUCGACGCCGCCGCCCCAAAUGGCGGCGAAUCCCCGGCACCACCAAAGCGCAAGGUAGCCCUGAUCACCGGCAUCACAGGCCAAGACGGCUCCUACCUCACCGAAUUCCUCCUCAACAAGGGCUACGAGGUCCACGGCUUGAUACGACGGUCCUCCAACUUCAACACCCAGCGAAUCAACCACAUCUACAUCGACCCACACAACGCCCACAAGGCCCACAUGAAGCUCCACUACGCCGACCUCUCCGACGGCUCCUCUCUCCGCCGCUGGCUCGACACCAUCCUCCCCGACGAGGUCUACAACCUCGCCGCCCAAUCCCACGUCGCCGUCUCAUUCGAAAUCCCCGAUUACACCGCCGAUGUCGUGGCCACCGGCACCCUCCGCCUCCUCGAGGCGGUCCGAUCCCACAUCGCCGCCACCGGCCGAUGCGAUAUCCGGUAUUACCAAGCCGGAUCUUCAGAAAUGUUCGGAUCCACCCCGCCUCCCCAAUCCGAAUCCACCCCAUUCCACCCGAGAUCGCCGUACGCGGCGUCCAAAUGCGCCGCCCACUGGUACACCGUGAACUACCGCGAGGCCUACGGGAUCUACGCCUGCAACGGCAUUCUCUUCAACCACGAGUCGCCGCGGCGGGGCGAGAACUUUGUGACCCGGAAGAUCACGCGGGCCUUGGGUCGGAUCAAGAUCGGGCUGCAGAGCAAGCUGUUCUUGGGGAAUUUGAAGGCCUCCAGAGACUGGGGCUUCGCCGGAGACUAUGUCGAGGCAAUGUGGAUGAUGCUGCAGCAGGAGAAGCCCGACGACUACGUGGUGGCGACGGAGGAGUCACACACGGUGGAGGAGUUCUUGGAGGUGGCGUUCGGGUACGUGGGGUUGAAUUGGAAAGACCAUGUGGUGAUUGACAAGAGGUAUUUCAGGCCUGCAGAGGUUGAUAACUUGAAGGGCGAUUCGAGCAAGGCGAGAAAGGUGCUUCAAUGGAAGCCCAAGGUUGGGUUUGAACAGUUGGUGAAGAUGAUGGUUGAUGAGGAUGUAGAGAUGGCUAAGAGAGAGAAAGUGCUUGUUGAUGCUGGAUUUAUGGAUACUCAGCAACAACCUUGAUCACCACCAUUUUUGUUUCUUCAUUCCUUCUCCAAUUAUGGGUCAAUUCAAUUGUAUUGUUUAAAGUUUUUCUGUUUCAACAAUGGUCAGUAGAGCUAAUGGUUAAUGGGUAUUUUUCUUCUAUUGUUUUUUUUUAUUUUUUUCAUUGUUUAUUUAUUUAAAUUUAUGAAAAUUCUUAAAUUAUGAUUCUCAGAUCUAAUAGUCUC